UAAGCGCGCGCGUCCCAUUUCGAAACCCUUCCCGGCUGCGGUGGCGCCAUGUCCGGCAGGGGCGGCACCUGGGUGCUAAACGUGGCCGAGAAGCCCUCGGUCGCAAAAUCUGUGGCUGAGAUCCUCUCGCACGCCGGCGGUGGCCUGAGGUCCCGUGAUGGCCGCUCCCGCUACAACCGCAUCUUUGAGUUCGAUUAUUCCAUCCGCGGCCAGCGUUGCCACAUGCUCAUGACCUCCGUCACUGGCCAUCUCAUGGAGCUUGAAUUCGAUGAUCGCUUCCGCAAAUGGCAUUCCUGCGACCCCGCCGACCUCUAUCAUGCUCCCGUCCGCAAGCACGUCCCCCAGGACAAGUUAGACAUUAAAAGAACUUUGGAAGAAGAAGCAAGGAAGUGCCAGUGGCUUGUCCUGUGGCUUGACUGUGAUAGAGAAGGCGAAAAUAUUGCAUUUGAAGUAGUAGAGGUUUGCACUUCUGCUAAUCACCACUUGAAUGUAUGGAGGGCUCAUUUUUCUGCACUAACUAACAGGGAAAUACAUGAAGCAGUGCAGAAUCUUGUUCGACCCAAUAGAUUGUUUUCAGAUGCUGUUGAUGCUAGACAGGAAAUUGACCUUCGUAUAGGUGCCUCCUUCACUAGAUUUCAGACAUUGCUCUUAAGAGAUGCCUUUGUAUUGGAUUUUGCUGGGGCUGAUGGAAAUAUAGUUUUAAGUUAUGGUCCUUGCCAGUUUCCUACACUUGGUUUUAUUGUGGAGCGGUAUUGGGAAAUACAAUCACAUGAGCCAGAAGAAUUCUGGACGAUUAAUUGUUCUCAUACUUCAGAUAAUGGGACUGCUACUUUUAAUUGGAUGCGUGGUCAUUUGUUUGAUUAUACAUGCUCUGUUAUAAUUUAUGAGAUGUGUGUUGAGGAACCCACUGCAACUGUCCAAAAUGUCCGACAUCAGGAGAAAUUGAAGUAUCCACCAUAUCCAUUGAGUACUGUUGAGCUCCAAAAACGAGCAUCAAGAUACUUUAGAAUUAGUUCAGAGCACACCAUGAAGGUAGCAGAGGAACUUUACCAGGCUGGAUUUAUUAGUUAUCCUCGUACAGAGACAGAUAGCUUCUCAUCAAGCAUGGAUCUACAUGCCAUUGUGAGAGAACAGGAACAGCAUCCAAUUUGGGGUCCAUAUGCUUUACAACUUUUAAACACUGAAUCAAGGCUCUGGAGAAAUCCUGGUAGUGGCGGCCAUGAUGACAAAGCACACCCUCCAAUUCAUCCAACAAAAUUUUCUGAUGGUGAAUCUAGCUGGAGUCAAGAUCAUCAUAAAAUAUAUGAGCUUGUUGUGCGCCAUUUCCUUGCUUGUGUCUCACAACCUGCAGUUGGGGCUGAAACUACGGUUGAAAUUGAUAUUGCCGGUGAACAGUUUUCUGCAUCUGGACGGACAAUAAUAGCUAAAAAUUACUUGGAUGUGUAUCGAUUUGAAUCGUGGGGUGAUUAUAUAAUCCCGACGUACACUAUCGGCGAGCAGUUUCUACCAACAACAUUGACGCUUGAUUCUGGAGUCACAAGGCCUCCACCUCUUUUGAGUGAAUCUGAUUUGCUAAGUUGCAUGGAUAAAGCAGCUAUUGGUACUGAUGCAACGAUGCAUGAUCAUAUAAAAAAGUGUCUUGAUCGGCAUUAUGCUACGAAGGAUUCAAAUACACGUUUUUCCCCUACAAAUCUUGGUGAAGCAUUGGUGAUGGGCUAUGAUGUGAUGGGGUAUGAGCUGUGGAAACCAUACCUUCGGUCCAUGAUGGAGUGUGAUAUGAAAGCAGUUAGCAUGGGCACAAAGAUUAAAUCUGAAGUGUUGGAGAGUUGCUUACAACAGAUGAAAGCUUGCUUCCUAGAUGCUAGGCAAAACAAAGCAAAACUGCUUGAAGCAAUGGGAAUUUUCUUUGAGAGAAGCAACAGGUCUGGUGGAGAUACUGGUAAUGCUGUUGAAAUUGUGAGGCCAUGUGGUGUAUGCCGUGAAUCUAAUAUGGGAUUAAAACGGAACUCGAAUGGUCACUUUAUGGUUGGGUGCUUGAGCUAUCCCCUUUGCAGAAAUGUUGUGUGGCUGCCUGGAGCCAUAUCAGAAGCAGCUAUUACCAGCCAGAUAUGCCCUUCUUGUUCCCCAGGUCCUGUUUUUCUUAUUCAGUUCAAAUUUCGUCGACUGGAGAUACCGCCAAAUUAUGACAUUGACCAUUUGGGCUGCAUUGGUGGUUGUGAUGCCACACUUAGAGAACUUACAGAGAUUUGUGGGACUGGAUCUCGUAAUCUUCCUGGCAUGACAGCAAGAGCACAGCGAGCUGCCUAUCCUUCAAGUGAUUCACAAAGUGGACAUCGAAGGCAACGUUCUUGCGCACAUUGCAGACAAACAAGUCAUGCAUCAAAUGAUUGUCCAUCUCUGACCUCACAUGCACGUGGUGUUCACUCUAGGAGAUCUCAAAACCCUAGAAAUGAUCCUGGCCAAAUAUCUUGCCAUUGCGGAGAACCAUGCACAUUACGAACUGCUAACACAGAAAAUAACCGAGGAAGGAAGUUUUACACCUGCCAAUCUCGUGAUUGUGACUUCUUUCUAUGGGAAGAUAAUGGCAACAAUGACGGAUCUCAAAGACAGAGUGCUUCUCAUGGGAGAAGCUGUAGAUCAUCAUCGAGUUCAAGGAGAGGUGGCCGCAGUCGGGGGCAGAGGGCGACCGAGACUGAUGGUGUAGCUUUUGUCUCUGCCACUGGUGAGCGAGUUUCUGGCAGAUGCUAUGUUUGUGGUGACCCCUCACAUUUUGCAAAUGUCUGCCCAAAUCGAGGCAGAUAACAAGCUAACAUCAGCAGGAUGUGGAUAGUUUUUUAUUUUGUACCGCAUGUGGACUUUUCAUGAAAUGGUUUGGUGUGUUGAUGCUGUCAGGCAAUGGAGUUAUCUUCAACAAAGAGAAUGUGGUGAAAUAUUUUAUCCCGGAUGGGUUAUGUAGAAGAAAUUGAAUUGCUGCUGAAAUUUGGUUCACUGCAAUAUUUUCUGGUAACUUGGUUUAAUGGCAAGAGCAUUGUGAAAAAUAAUUAUCAAAUUAAUUAAAUACUAUAUUGGCUUUUUUGUUUCA